AUGGUUAAGGUCGCUAUUAACGGUUUCGGUAGAAUUGGUAGAAUUGUUUUGAGAAUUGCAGUCAAAAACCCAAAGAUUGAAGUUGUUGCCAUCAAUGAUCCAUUCAUUUCUGUCGACUACGCUGCCUACAUGUUCAAGUAUGAUACCGCACACGGUAGAUUCAAGGGUGAAGUUUCCCAUGACAACAAAGAUUUGAUUGUCGAUGGUAAAAAGAUUUUAGUAUACAACGAAAUGGACCCAGCCACUUUGCCAUGGGGUAAGCACGGAAUUGAUGUUGUUAUUGAUUCUACUGGUGUCUUUAAGGAAUUGGAUUCCGCUCAAAAACAUAUUGAUGCUGGUGCCAAGAAGGUUGUCAUUACUGCUCCAUCAAAGACCGCUCCAAUGUUUGUUAUUGGUGUUAAUGAGGACAAGUACACUCCAGACUUGAAGAUUGUUUCCAACGCUUCUUGUACCACCAACUGUUUGGCUCCUUUGGCUAAGGCUAUCAAUGACCACUUUGGUAUCAAGGAAGGUUUGAUGACUACUGUUCACUCCACCACUGCCACCCAAAAGACUGUUGAUGGUCCAUCCAAGAAGGACUGGAGAGGUGGUAGAGGUGCUGCUUACAACAUUAUCCCAUCCUCUACUGGUGCUGCCAAGGCUGUUGGUAAGGUUUUGCCUGUUUUGAGCGGUAAGUUGACUGGUAUGGCUUUCAGAGUCCCAACCAUUGAUGUUUCUGUCGUCGAUUUGACUGUCAACUUGGAAAAGCCAACCACCUAUGAGGAAAUUAAGACAGCUGUCAAGAAGCUUUCUCAAACUACUAUGAAGGGUGUUUUGGGUUAUACCGAAGACUCUGUUGUCUCCAGUGAUUUCUUGGGUGACUCUCAUUCUUCUAUUUUCGAUGCCUCCGCUGGUAUUAUGUUAUCUCCAACUUUUGUCAAGUUGAUUUCCUGGUAUGAUAAUGAAUAUGGUUACUCUUGUAGAGUUGUUGACUUGGUUUUGCAUGUCGCUGCUUAG